GGGGGAGAAAAUGGAGGCCGGUACCUGGAGGAGAAGACUCGUGGGGCCCGGCGAUCAUCACGGACAUUCACCGGAGAUCCCGGCUCAGACCUCUUUCUACAAGAUAUCAUUUAGCCCUGAAUGGAGUUUGUGAACUGCUGAUAGUCAGGAAACCAGGUACAACCAUGAGUAAGAUCACCAAGCUUUUCAAGACCUCUGGUUCCUCUUCAAAGAGUCGGAAGGGGGGUCCAAGUCCCCAGGAAGCUUUGUUCCGACUCCGAGAAACUGAGGAUAUGUUAACCAAAAAACAGGAGUACUUGGAAAAGAAAAUCGAACAGGAGCUGGCUACAGCAAAGAGGCACGGAACCAAGAACAAGAGGGCUGCGUUACAAGCAUUAAAAAGAAAGAAGAGACUGGAGAAGCAUUUAACCCAGAUAGAUGGGACACUGUCCACCAUCGAGUUCCAGAGAGAAGCUCUUGAGAAUUCCCACACCAACACAGAAGUUCUGAAAAACAUGGGAUAUGCUGCCAAGGCCAUGAAAACAGUUCACAAAAAUAUGGAUCUGGAUAAGAUUGAUGAAUUGAUGCAGGACAUCAACGAACAACAGGAUGUAGCACAAGAAAUUUCAGAUGCCAUUUCUCGCCCCGUUAGUUUCGGAGAGGAGUUUGAUGAGGAUGAAUUACUGGCAGAAUUAGAAGAACUAGAACAAGAAGAUCUCAACAGUCAAAUGGCCAACGUGAAGUUACCAAGUGUGCCAUCCGCAAAACUGCCAUCGAGACCAGCAGCAGCAACAUCAACAAGGAGGAGGGUGGAAGAUGAUGAUGAUAUGCAGAUGCUGGCCGCCUGGGCUAACUAAGCAAGAACUUUUCAUGCCAGUACUCCCCAACCAGCGACUACGAUGCCACACGGGCCCCCCUUUCCUGCAUUUGACUCCCCUGCUGGUAACCGUUGCAAAUUCUACUGUAGAUCAAGAUACUAAUGAAACUUGGCUCCAGGGGGAGCACCAUAUGACUGCCAGGUGACCCCAGAAGAAAUACCAUAACAUUGUUACUUGGCAUCUGGGUCAGGGUGGUAUUAUGGACACUUGGCACUACAACCUGGACAGACAAACUGGACCAAGGGUACGUUCACACUGAGGAAUUCAAGAGGAAUCAUUUCGGUCAGGAAAUUGUUGCCUUCUGUCAUUUUAUCCAUCAAGCGAAAUUUCCACAUGGAAAUGAAAAGGAAUGAAGGAUGAGGCUAUUUAAUUCUACUUUUCUGAAUUCCGCUUGAAUACGAUGUCGGGCAGAGAUUUUAUUUUACCAUUGACUUCUAUCAGAUGCUGCUCGCGGAUUCCGCUUGAAGAAUGAACAUGUUCUUUCUUCAAGCAGAAAGGAAUUCAGCGUCGGAAUUUCCACAGUGGGAACAGGACAGCGGAAAAAACAUUAAAGUCAAUGGGCAGAGGAGAUGUGCAUUAAUUUGGAGGAAUUUUUUACUCAAGUAAAUUCGUCUUGAAGCAAAGAUAAAAAGAGACCGGCAACUCACCGAACUCACGGGAUACCAACAGGCGAUAAGCUCCGUUUCGCACCCAUCAGUGCUGCAUCCGGCCGGAUGGCCGGAUGCAGCACUGAUUGGUGCGAAACGGAGCUUGUUGCCUGUUGGUAUCCCCCCUGUGUAUGUCCCCUCCCUAUGAUUUGAUGUAUUAAAUGCAAUAAAGAAGUCGGACGACGUGAGUUCGGUGAGUUGCCGGUCUCUUUUUAUCUUUGCUUGGUUAUGAAGAUUGCACCACUGUGUAUACCAGAGCACCACCACACGCCCGCAUUGUAGUAUAUAUCCACUCCCCCUCUCCGUCUCCUUCUUACAGCGUAGUACCGGUCUACCUUGUAUAUAAAUUCGUCUUGACAUUACUCAGUGUGAACGGGCCCCGACACUGUAAACAGGCGUCAAUGCCAUGUGACUUUUUUCAUGCUCACAUUUUCUGCUUUAUUAGUAAUUGGAUGUAAAUUAUUAUACAAGUAUUUCCUAUCAGUCAAAUGUAGCCCAACCAAACCUGGGGCUCCCAUGCUGGCACAAGAUGUGGCGUUCCCCUUUAUACAGAUUUGUACAGAUGAGUUUAUGGUUUGAUAGACGUUGCUGAUAUACACCGUGUGCUUUAUUACUGUAGCUAAGGGAUAGCAAAUGAAGGAUCUUCCCUAACAUUCUGUAUACUUAUAUAUAUGUAUAGACUCACACAGACAAGCAUUGAUACUGAUUCUUGAUGCUAUUUCGCGUUCCAAAAAAUAAAGAAAACCUAUAUGUUGUAAAUUUGUUAAAAUCUGUAAACUCUGUGUUGUAUGUGUCAUGCAUUUUGUUUUAGGGUUUUCUAGGUUGUCUAUUGUUUGGUGGUCUUAAUA